AUGAAUUUAAUGUCUUACGAUCACCUCAGUCUGUUGUUUUUCGAGAUGGAAGUUGGCCUUCCUGGCGAGCGGAUCCCAGAUAUAGCUGCAUUAUCCAUGGGCUUUUCUGUUGAAGAUGACCUUUCCUGGCCUGGGCUUGCAGUGGGCGAUCUGUUUCACAGACCACGUGCUACGGUGCUGGUAACAGUGAAGGGAGUGGAUAAGCUGGCGUUGCCUGCAAGAGGGAUUUCUUACCCUAUCGAGAAUGCUGUUCCUUUCAGUCUUGACAGCGUUGCGAAUGCUAUUCAUACUUUGUUCUCUGAGGAAACUCCUGUGGUCUUGCAGCUGGCCCCCAGUGAGGAAAGAGUGUACAUGGUGGGCAAGGCAAACUCUGUGUUUGAAGACCUUUCUGUCACGCUGCGCCAGCUGCGAAACCGCUUGUUCCAGGACAACUCCAUUCUCAGCUCCCUUCCUCUCAACUCCCUCAGCAGAAACAAUGAGGUUGACUUGCUUUUUCUGUCAGAACUACAAGUCCUACAUGACAUUGCAAGCCUGCUGUCUCGACACAAGCUUAGCCAAGGACCACUCUCCAGACCUGUAUUCUCUGGAACUGGCUGGUUUGGAAGAGGUUGGAAAACAUACGGGGAAGACUCUCAGCAGUUCAAGGAUGCUUCUCAAAUUCUCGCGGACUCUUUGCAAAAGUUUGCAGAUGAGAUGUUUAAUCUGUAUGGCGGGAAUGCUGUAGUAGAAGUGGUGGCUGUAAAAGCAUUUAAUUCUCCGCUCACGAGGAAGACUCGCUCCAUUCUCCAGUCUUCAGAGGUCAAAACGGAAAAUCCAUAUAACCUUGCCUAUCCAUAUAACUACAACUACUCUGUAAUCUUCAACAUUAUUCUAUGGAUGAUGAUAGGUCUUGCUCUAGCUGUGAUAGUUAUCUCCUACAACCUCUGGAACAUGGAUCCUGGGUAUGACAGCAUUAUUUAUAGGAUGACAAAUCAGAAGAUCAGAAUGGAUUGA